AUGGCGGACACUGUCUCGAAGCAUCGAGCUGAGUCUGCCUUUGCUCAGCUUGAGAACGAGAGAGCUCUGACAUCUCUUCGUGACGAGCUAAGGGUAACUCGUGGAAUUAUUGAUCGGUCUCGGGAUGAGAUAACUGCUCUUCAGACCCUUGUCGAUGCCCACCAUCGGGAGCACAAGGCUCUCUGUGAGAUGCUUGAGCGCAAGGGCGUUCUUCAUCGGAAGAAGCGGCGCACUGAUGGUACGGCUUAA